AGUUCGCGAAGCUGUCUGAGGCUAAAAAAAAAAAAAAAUCGUACGUUUUACAGAGAGAGGGUGCGAUACAGGCAAAGUAGCAUUUCGAGAGAGAUGUCUUCCUUCGACGCGUACGGCAUCGAUGGUGAGGAGAUGAACGUGAACUCUUCUGAUCGUCAUUUCGUUGACGACGACGAGGAGAACUUCACUGGCGGCGGUUACGGAUCCGGAUCCUACUCCAGCUUCCCAGCUGCCACAGGAGACUUCUCCGGAGGGUUCCCUGCGGACGGUGACAUCGCCGUCGACCACGCCUCUGACUCUCCGGUGAUCUUUGGAUUUGAUGAUCCAAACGUUAGCUACUCCCAGUCUCCGUUCGAUCAGAUCCAUGCGGAGAACGGAAAUGGUUACGGUGUAGGUGAAAACGGCGCUGAUGACGACGUUUUUGUCUCGGAUGGGCCCGUGCUCCCACCGCCUACUGAGAUGGAGCCCGAGGAAGGGUUUGCUCUUCGUGAAUGGAGGCGUCAAAAUGCCAUUCAGCUUGAGGAGAAGGAGAAGAGGGAGAAAGAAAUGAGAAUCCAGAUUAUCAUAGAGGCUGAGGAGUAUAUGCAAGCUUUUUAUGAGAAAAGGAAGGUCAAUGUUGAGACUAACAAGGCUAACAACAGAGAAAGGGAGAAGUUAUCCUUGGCUAAUCAAGAGAAGUUUCAUAAAGAGGCAGACAAACAGUACUGGAAAGCAAUAGCGGAUCUCAUUCCUUAUGAGGUCCCUAACAUUGAGAAGAAGAGAGGUAAGAAAGAUCAGGACAAGAAGCCCUCAAUCACAGUUGUUCAGGGCCCAAAGCCUGGGAAACCCACUGAUCUUUCCAGGAUGCGCCAAAUACUGGUGAAGCUAAAGCACACUCCUCCUCCCCACAUGGUUACCCCUCCACCUGCUCCUGCUAAGGAUGGAAAAGACGGGAAGGGAGGAAAAGAUGCCAAAAAUGAAAAAGAUGCGGCAUCAAAUGCAAGUGGAUCUGCAGCAGGAGAGCCCGCUUUGCCGACCAAAGAUGCCAACUCUAACAGUACUUCACACGAUUCCAAACAAGUUAUUGCUAACGCUGAGGAACCGUCUGCAGCAUAGCCAUAGAAACAUGACGUGUUUUGUUUCAUGCGUCUUUCUUUAUAUAUCUGUUUUUUCUCCACCUAUCUUGCUCUCUUUUUGAACCUGUAAAAUUUAUUCCCUGAUUCUAAAAUCUUAAUACUAGCCAUCUUACAGUGUGUUUGCUCACGGAGAAUAAGCAUGUGUAUAAUACUUGUGUCCAUUUUUAUUCA